AUGGCUGGAUACCCAGACAGACGUGCAUACCCAAGCUCUGGGCCCCGUGGCUGGGAACACAGCUAUACCAGCUAUCAUCCUCUUAACCAUCCUCCUUUCAACUAUCCUCCUCCAUCUUAUUAUUCCUCUGCUUCAUCAGCAUCGUCGGGGUUGAAUUUCCGCGAGAGCAGGGCUCCCGUGUAUCAUCGGCGUGUUAGACACGAUCAUCUCCCUCUGGAUUACAUGCACUCCUACGAAAGACCUCACCAUCGCCAACUCCAACUCACCCCUUUCACUCAUACCUCAGCAACGCACACCAGACCACCCAACCAGUGGACCAACCCAUACAACCCCCGACCAACCCAUCCCCCCACAUACAACACAUACAACCCUACCUCUCAACCAUACGUCCCCGUACGAGAACCGUACCGUCCUGCAAUCUAUCCCGGCGAAAGAACCUCAUACGGUAUAUCUCCAAGCCAAAGACACUACUACUCCCAAGAAAGCUAUGUUAGAGCGGAAGCCCCGGCGCCAGCGCCAUCGAUGGCACCGCGCGCCGCUCACCACGACAGCGGAUGGCCACCCUGGGACUUCUCCACCGCUUCGCCUCGCGGCUUUGGUGAGGUUGCUGGACCGGCGCGGUCGGGCCAUAUGAAGUGGUCUAGUAGCCCUACUGUGGUUGACAGGUCUGGGUAUGCAGAGCGUGCUGGGAGUCUGGAGCCUCGGGCAACUGGUACUGUACCCCACGGUCUUCCUUCUUUCAAGGACUUCGAGCAGGGUGUUUCUCCUGGGGAUGCACUUGGGCCGGGGGGUCUUUUCGAACAACUGUUUCCAUCGUCACCUCCAAGACAGACACAGGAUCUCGAACCAGCACAGCUAGGUGUCCAAUUAUUCACAGAAGACAGCCCUCGCUAUCAUACUAGUGAGAUCUCAACACCACCACCACAUAUCAAACCAAUACCCGACCUAUCCCCAGAAUCGAACCCAGCACAUCACACUAGCCCAAGCCCACGCUCAAACCCAAACCCCACACCCCCCACCCUAGCCUUACCCUCAGCAACCACAUCAGCCCCAUCCACACCCAGCACCGUCACCGAACGCCAUCCGAGCCUCCGCGGCCCCGUCAAAGUCCCCGUCACCUUCGAAACCGUCGCCGCCCACACCGCCAAAUGCGACCUCUGCAACGGCCGCAACAGCCAGGGUAUGACCCGCUGCAGGGACUGCGGAUGGCAGUGUUGCCAUGCUUGUGCUGGGAAGAAUGGACACACCCGCACGCAUGUUCUCGCGGGGGGAUCGCGCGUCCAUGUUGCUUCUUCCCCUUCUUCUUCUGCUGGCCGAGACGGGGAUGAGCAUGGAGAUGACGACGAUAGUGAUAGUGAUAGUGAUAGCGAGGGGAGUAGCAGAGUGGGCGGCGUGAGACCACGCCUUAGGGGCGAGGCGGUCGCCAGCGUGACUCGUCGUCAGACGAGGAGUUGGACGAGACGGAAUGCAGCGAGGGUGGAGGAUGCUGCAGUUGCUGCUGCGGCUGCUGUUGCUGCUGUUGGGGUUGGGGGUUCUGCUGCUUCAGUCUCUAGAUCUGAAACCAGAUCCGAGUCCGAAUCCCCCGCGAGAGAAUUCUCAAUACAGGAAGGUCCCAGCGAGGAAGUGUCGAUGACGCUGUCACUUGGUGGUGGUGAGAGUAGCAAUGUUUAUGGCGGGGGAACAGUGCCGCGCGUUUCGAGCGAUGUGAUGGAUGGUGCUCGGUCGCUGUAUGAUCUUAGUAUCAGCGCGCUUUGUAGGCAGGGUGGGUAGCUGUGGGGGUGGGAUAGGUGGAAGAUGGGUGGAAG